GGGGACUUUUUUGGGCCGCCGGGUGGUGAAGAAGAAUUGCAGGAAUUACUGGCUGGCGAAAUUGAGGGUGAGCUUCGCUGAUGCAGGCCUGCUACGACCAUUGAAUAUCACUAGUGCCCUUUCCCACAUAUGUAACUCAGGGGAUUCAUCCAAUACCCCCUCCUGUGCUGGAGAAAACGGCCGAAACUGGUGGCGAAAUAUGUCACAAUGUGUAUCUGCUUGGUGAGGCCGGUCUCCACUAAACGGCGGCUUACAUUCAUGAAAAUGGCAGGGAAAACCACAAUAAUUACUACCUCACAAAAGCUGACGAUCGCUAGCCUUGGUGGCCAGUUUGAUGCAAAAACAUAUGGGGAGGGGUCUGACCUUGGCCCGGAAUCUUCUACAUUCAAUGCUGCAAAUGUUGCUUCGUUCCUCAAAUCACCAUCACUACCAUCCCUUGGUGAUUCUGCCAAUCAGAUGACUCUUGCGUCACUCAGGUCAUCAGUCUCCAACGUCCAAAUCGAUGUUCUGUUGACACACGGGUGGCCGGCUAAAAUCAUUAAACAAUCUAAAUCUGUCCCUCCAUCAAUCGACAGUGCUAGUUUGGUUCCCCCCCUGGAUGAUGUAGUAUCCGCCUCUCGUCCGCGGUAUCACUUUGUCGCCGGAGGGGGAAGUCCAGCUGUCUUCUGGGAACGUGAACCCUUCAUCUGGAGUGGCGGUCAUGCCAUAACCCGUUUCAUUAGUUUGGGGGCGUUUGGUGGGCCUACUGACACUUCUGGAAUUAAAAAACCUAGGUGGUUUUAUGCGUUCUCCAUCGCUCCCAUUACACCCUUGUCUCCAAAGCCAUCGAUCCCUGCCAAUUGCACUGAAAAUCCAUUCCAGUUGGAUUCGAGGACUGGUGCUAAAAGAUCCACUGAUGAUGAUGAUGAUGGCGGCAAUUUCAUUUUUGGCGAUGUUCGGGUGAAACGCCCCCGACGAGAUCAGCAGGGUUCGGUCCACCAAAACAAUUCUGAAGCCAAAAAAUCAACAAAACGACCACCAGAAGGCUAUAUUUGUCGCAUAUGUCAAUCCGCGGACCAUUAUAUUAAAGACUGUCCUGAAAAGUACGCAACAGGAGAUACUGGAGGCAGGAAGCCGCCGCCAGGCUAUAUAUGCCGAGCUUGCGGAAGCGAGGCACAUUUAAUACGCGACUGUCCUUCUAUGAAGGAACGACCACGACGUGAUCCCGUGAGAGAAAUACAGCCCGCCGAAUGUUGGUUUUGUUUAUCCAAUCCAGGAUUGUCGAAGCAUCUUAUCGUCUCCAUUGGAACAGAAGUGUACGUUACAUUGGCAAAAGGUCCACUUCUGCCAACAGACCCAGACACCCUUUCUCCGACUCACGUGCCUGGUGGCGGCCACAUCCUCAUUAUUCCAAUCUCCCACUAUCCAACUUUGAGCACAAUACCGACCGACCUUGCGCCCCCAGUUCUUUCUGAGGUUGACACGUACAGGGCAGCUCUGCGCACGAUGUAUGCUAAAUAUGGCGCUGUCCCGGUUUUCUUCGAGAUGUCAAGACUGUCGGGAAAGGGUGGACACGCACACAUCCAAGUUGUACCGGUACCCGAGUCGAAGAAGGAUGGGGUGGAGGGGGCGUUCAGCGCUUAUGGGGGCGGACAGGUUGUGUGGGAAGAUGAUCCUCUGCUGGUGGGCUAUUUUAGAGUCGAUCUACCAGAUGGGAGGAAGAUGGUGCAUAUCUUGAGGCCUGGAGUGAUGUUUAAUCUCCAAUUCGGGAGGGAAGCGCUUGCACAUUAUCUUGCGUUGAAGGAUCGUGCUGACUGGAAGGCUUGUUCUCAAUCGGAAGAUAAGGAGACGCGAGACGCGGAAGCAUUCAAGGACGCUUUUGUUGGGUUCGAUCCUGCAUCAUUGUAGCAUGCCAAAACUGUAAAAAGGAUUUUGGUCCUCAAUAAUGGACAUCUGACUAUCACGAGUUUUGUUGUUGGCACCAUAUUACUUUAUUUCAGCCAUGCAACCCGAAUUCGAUGAGCCUUACGGCUGAUACGGUACA